AUGGCUAUGCCAGACGGUGACUUGGACCCACUAUGGCAGGACUUUGAUUGGGCCAUCGGCCAGAUGCUCUUGAUGGGCUGGGACGGCACCGAAGUUACACCUCAAAUCCGUAGUCUUAUCGAGGAUCACCACCUGGGGUCCAUCAUCCUCACGGCCAAGAACUUGAAGUCGGCUCAACAGGCGGCCAAGCUCGUCCAGGAGUUGCAAACAAUUGCUCGUGGUGCAGGCCAUCCUUAUCCCUUACUGAUCGCCGUGGACCAGGAAAAUGGCGGCGUCAACAGCCUCUUCGAUGAGGACUACAUCUGUCAGUUUCCCAGCGCCAUGGGCGUGGCAGCAACGGGCAGCCUCGACAUGGCAUACAACGUAGCCAAGGCGACUGCGAAGGAGCUCUCGGCCGUCGGUGUCAACCUCAUUCUCGGCCCAGUAUUGGAUGUUCUGACCAACGCCCGCUACCAACCCAUGAGCGUCAGAGCCAGUGGUGACGAUCCCCAGGAGGUCUCCCAGUACAGCAUUACCGCGCUGAACGGCUACAAGGAUGCCGGCCUGGCGACCUGUGGCAAACAUUUUCCAACCUAUGGCAACUUGGACUUCAGGGGCUCCAGCCUCGAUGUCCCAAUCAUCACACAGACCCUUGAAGAGCUUGGCCUCAGUGCCCUUGUGCCCUAUAGGAACGCCAUUGCAACGGGCAACUUGGACGCAGUCUUCAUCGGCGGCUGUGGCAUCGCUUCAGCCAGCAUGAAUGUGUCGCAUGCUUGCCUCUCUGACCAAGUAGUCGAUGACCUGCUACGGCAAGAGCUGGGUUUCAAGGGGGUCGCCAUCUCCGAGUGUCUAGAGAUGGAAGCCCUGUAUCAGGAGAUCGGGGUUAAGGGAGGCACCGUGAUGGCAGUCGAGGCGGGAUGCGACCUGAUACUCCUGUGCAAGGACUACAAUAUCCAGCUGGAAGGCAUUGCGGGGCUCAAGUUGGGCAUAGAGAACGGCAUCAUCACCAGGAACAGGGUCAUGACCUCCCUGAGGAGGAUCCUUCGCCUCAAGUCAGGCUGCACUUCUUGGGCCCAGGCACUCAACCCCUCGGGUGCCUCUCUACUUUCCCAGAUGCACCCGUCCCAUCUCACCCUGUCCAGACAGGCUUACGAGAACUCCAUUGCGGUCAUGCGCGAUAAGGACAGGCUGCUGCCUCUGUCCCAGUCCCUGGAUCAGGGAGAGGAACUGUUGCUCCUGACACCGCUCGUCAAGCCGCUACCGGCGUCGGCUGCGACAAAAGCGAUCGAAGCAAAGAAGGGGGCCAGCGCUUCCACCAUGCACGACAAGUGGACUCAUCGAGAGAGGGGUGCUAUAAUGAGCGGCGAGGGUGUCUUCCGGGAAAUGGGAAGGGCGAUCGCGCGCGCAAGAAACGGCAAGCUCCUACACACGUCAUACACCGCCAAUGGUGUCCGUCCGGUGCAUGAAAAUCUCAUCAAUAGGGCCUCGGGGAUCAUCAUUGUGACAGCAGACGCGAACCGGAACCUCUACCAGUCCGGUUUUACGAAGCACGUGGCCAUGAUGUGCUCGAUGCUUCGGGCCAGCGGCCAGAAGAAGUCACUGAUAGUUGUUGCCGUGAGCUCACCAUAUGACUUUGCCAUGGACAAGACCAUCGGGACGUAUAUCUGCACUUUUGACUUUACCGAGACGGCGAUGCAAGCACUCGUGCGCGCACUGUUUGGCGAGUUCACGCCACAGGGGUCGCUGCCAGGGACGCUCAGGAAGAGCAAGAAGGUGCUGAAGUCGAGGCAGCAAUGGCUUGUCGAGAACUAUGAAAAAGCACGAGAUGCGCGGCCCCUGGACGACCUGAUCAGGGGCCUCGCCAGGGCCAGCGCCCCGAAGCUCGAGUUCCUGAGGGCGACUUCUUCGGCGUCGUUCGAUCUCUACAACGCCAAGAUUGAAGAGGCGCACUUUGUCGUGCGAAACAGCAGCACUAAAGCGCUGUAUGGCUUCUGCGCGACAUACUACACACAAGGCAUUGGCAUAAUCGGUGCUCUGUUUGUGGACCCGACGAAGCGCAACGUCUCGAUUGGGCGCUCGCUUCAUCGCCGCGCCCUCAGGCAUCUCAUCCAAAAGCGCGGGAUCAAGAAGGUCCGGCUUGGCAUCUCGUUCCCCGGGGUGUUCCUGGGCAUCCCGGUCGAUGACAGCACGGGGCUGAGGAGCUGGUUCAUCAACAGCGGCUGGGACACGCAGUUCCCGCGGCGCCUCACCAACAUGGUGAUCCCGGAGCUGGGCAGCUGGACGGUGCCCGAGGGCUUGCUCCAGAGCAUCUCGCGGGCGGGCAUCAGCUUCGACCUGAUCCACGGGCUGGACAACGCGGACAACGUGGUAGAGCACGUGCGGGCGCACGCCAACGGCGAGGUGCUGGAGCUGUACAAGUCGGCGCUGCAGGAGGUCAAGACGUGCGGGGUGGUGCGGGCCAAGAACGGCGGGGGCAAGAUCCUGGGGACGGUGAUCAUCUGCAGCCCGGGCAGCUCGCUGUCACACCUGAUGCCGUGCCUGCAGCCGGGGUCCGGGGCAGAGGCGGUGGGCGGGAUCGUGGCGCCGCUGGUGGAGCCGACGGCACAGGCGACGCUGGUGCUGCAGGGCCUGGUGGUGAUGGGGGUGCGGCAGAACAAGGCGCACAAGACGGCGAGGAGCGUGCUCAGCUGGGUGACGGACGAGCUAUACGAGCCGCUGCUGUCGAUGGGGUUCCAGGUGCUGCAGGUGUUUGAGGAGGUGACCAACUCGCCCGAGAACUGGUCCGACAUAUCUUGA